AUUGGAUGUAGAAAGAAGUAAUUUCGAAAUUCUAAGAAAAAGAUUAAAGGAGUAGAAAAGGUAAUUCGACUUUGAUAACAAACAUUGAAAAAGGAAAAAUAGAUUAGAGUGGAGCAAAUGCAUUUAGAAAGAUUUUAGUAAAAAUAAAAAUAUCAACAAUUACAAUAAGUAAUGGAUUAGAUGAAAUAUAAUUUAGCUUAUAAAGAGCAAAAGCUGGAGCUAAGAAACUAAUACCAUAAUGACUUGAAUCAAUUUUACAUAAAUAAAUCGAAUAUGCCUAGAGUUUAGAAUUUUAAUAUAUAGAAUUAGAUGAGGCUACUGAAAAAAAUAUAAUAAGUUGAAAACCAAGUAUGAAGAAUUGCAAUACAUUAUGAGAAAGACUUAUAAUCAAUAAGAAAGGAAACCUUUGAGACCUAUAAAAUGAAUAAUGAAAAAAUAUUGUUGAUACAUUAGGAAUUGCCUCAAAAGAUUGAUAAUAAGAAGAUGAAACAGGAUUAUAAUUGCUGAAUCUAUUAGAAUAAGCGUAAC